ACGAAAGGAAGAGAGUCAUUCGUGCGUGCUUCACGGAGCAACUAACUUGCUCCUUACGAGAAGUGCGCGGACUCCUGACGUUUCGUGUUGGAUCACAACAGUGAACAUUCACCGUCGAGUUCUUUUCCUCUUUCUUCCUCUCAUCUGCCUGUCUGUUUAGCUCUCUCUCUCUCUCUUUCUCUCUCUCUCUCUCUCUCUCUCUCUCCCUCUCUCUCUCUUUCUCUCUUUUUCGCGUGUCUACUUAACUCGGUAAGAAAUAAAGAAAAAAAGAUAAAACAAAAAAGGAAGAAAAAGAUAUCUCGGACGUUCGGGAAUCGUGUGAUGAUGUAUCGAUGUGUCCGCUAUCGAAUGGAAAUGAUGUCAACGUGAGUAAACGAGAGAGACUAUAACGUAUCAUUACUUAUGAUCGAGUCGAAGGAUGGAGUCUACCUGAGUAAGCUUCGAUCGUCCGUGACCUUGGACCACAAUCCUUAUUCUACGAAAUCAAAAGAAGGAAGGACAAGAUAACUACAGCAUUAUUCUGACGAAAUUCCUAACAAAUCCUAACCGCCCUAUCCUCUUCUUCCUCCCCUUUCCUUCCUUCCUUCCUUCUUUCCUUCCUUCCUUCCUUUCUUUCUUCCUUACUACAUUUCUUUUCCUUCUGCUCUACUAAUAGAAAAAAGGAACGAAAAGAAAAGAAAAAAACUCAAUAGGAUAAAAUGGCUAAAUACACAGUCAAAGAAGAGUACGAUCUCGAAAGUUACAAAGAAGUCAGGCUGACCGGUUUCAACAACAACGAUCCUGAUCUAAGUAAUAACCUUGAAACUAGACUGGCCAUCGUCCAUCUUCCUAGCAAAGACGAUAAAGAGAGCAAGGAUGACGGAAACCAUAACAAUAAUUUUCUACUAUCGUCGAUGAGGAAUUGGCUUUGUCGGAGAAUAAAAAGGACGUGUAGAAAAAAGUUGCUUUACAAAAGAAUACCUAUCCUAGCAUGGUUACCAAAAUAUCGUAAGGAAUAUAUAGCAAGUGAUUUGGUAGCAGGAGUCACUGUUGGUUUAACAGUCAUACCACAAGCCAUAGCUUAUGCCAAUGUCGCUGGUCUACCUCUGCAAUAUGGUCUCUAUUCAUCCUUCAUGGCAUGCUUCGUAUAUACUAUCUUAGGCUCCUGCAAGGAUGUUCCUGUAGGACCAACAGCAAUAGCUGCAAUCCUAACAAGAGAAACCCUUCAAAAAGCUCACUUAGGACCUGACUUUAGCGUUUUAUUGACCUUCAUCUCCGGCUGUAUAUCCUUGUUAAUGGGCAUAUUGCAAUUAGGUUUCUUGCUCGAUUUUAUUUCGGGACCAGUUUCGGUUGGUUUCACUUCAGCCGCAGCGAUCAUCAUCGCUACCAGUCAAAUGAAAGAUAUUUUAGGGAUCAAUAUAUCUGGUGGAAAAUUCUUAGAAGUCUGGCAAAUGAUUUUUGAAAAGAUCGGUGAUACCAGGCCAUGGGACGCUACGUUAGGAAUUGUGUGCAUAAUUGUUUUGUUACUUCUCAGGAAAGCCAAAGAUCUGCCGAUAAUGACACGGAAUGUUAAGAUGCCAACGAAAAUUCAAUUGACGUUAAGAAAAUUGAUUUGGUUGAUCUCAACUGCCAGAAACAUCUUGAUCGUUGUCGUUUGUGCUGUCAUGUGUUGGCUAUUGGAACUUUAUCUUGGUUCAUCACCAGUCAUGUUAACAGGAGAAGUAAAGGCAGGUCUACCGAAUUUCCAUUUGCCAUCUUUCGAAUCGAGUGUUGGUAAUCAAACCUAUCACUUCAGUGACAUGGUCAGCGAAUUAGGUUCCGGAUGUCUAGUCGUACCUUUGCUGAGUCUUCUGGAAACUAUUUCCAUCGCCAAAGUAUUCAACGAUGGUAAUCCUAUAGACGCUACUCAAGAAAUGUUAGCAUUAGGUGUAUGCAACGUGAUUUCCUCUUUCGUAUCAUCAAUGCCAGUCAGUGGUGGACUCAGUCGAGGUGCUGUUAAUCAUUCCUCUGGUGUCAAGACUACUUUAGGUGGAAUAUAUACGGGUCUUCUUGUCUUAAUAUCAUUACUAUUCCUUACUCCAUAUCUUCAAUAUAUUCCUAAGGCAGCACUUGCGGCAGUUAUUAUAGCAGCUGUAGUCUUUAUGGUUGAAUUCCACGUUAUCAAGCCAAUGUGGAGAACUAAAAAGAUCGAUCUGGUACCUGCGAUUGUAACAUUUUUAUGCUGUCUUUUCGUGAGAUUAGAAUUAGGUAUAGUGAUCGGCAUCGGCGUUAAUCUUCUAUUUUUGCUUUAUGCAUCGGCCAGGCCAUCUUUGCGAGUCCAAAAAGCUACAAGUAUAAGCGGCUGUGAAUAUCUUGUCAUAACUCCAGAUAGAAGUCUUGUCUUUCCAAGCGUUGAAUAUGUUCGAGCUGUAAUUAGUAAACAGGGAUCAAAACAGGGUGUUACUGUACCUGUUGUUAUUGAUUCUACUCACAUACAAGCUGUCGAUUUUACUGCAGCUAAGGGUGUAAAGAAUUUGAUAGAAGAUUUCUCAAAACGUGGUCAGCCUUUAAUCUUUCAUAAUUUAAAGCCUAGCAUUGUUGAAAUUUUCAGAGGAGUAAAACCAUCGAGUUUGAAGUGUAGCUCCAGCGAACUCGAAUUAAACGACUGCCUUAAAGAAUAUUCAAAUAUUUCGACGACAACUAUAAGCAGGUAUUGAAUAUAUUUUAAUAUUUUUGAUGAUUCAUAAAUAAGCAGAUCGCCCUAUUCUCCGCUCUUGGCAAGUAACAGUAUUAUGUCAGCACUUUAGAAUUAAAAUGCCAACUGCGUCGGAUGUAUAAGCAUACAGGGAUUUUAUAAAUGAAAUACUACAACCUGAUUUAUAUUCCAUACUGUUGCUUACGCAUAAAAAAAAUAAUCCGCCGAAGAUAUUAUAUAUUUAAUAAUAUUCUUUUUUUUUUCGUUAUAUAAUUUUUAGUUACGAUUGUUCAAUGAUCAUGUAUAAAAGGUUCGAUAAACAUUACUCUGGUAUAACAGUAUUGUAUUGUUUAAUGAAUUAGUUGAUAUACUAAUUAAUAAUUAAUGAAUCUUUUUAGUAAAA